CAUAACUUUACUAAUUGUCAGAUAAUUAGAAUAUUAGUCUCGAAUUAAGUCUCGAAUAUUUGUUGAUUUCUGUACUUAUAGAAAAAUUUCAUAAGAGAGUAAUUGAAGUUUUGAGAGUGUCAUGAUUAGAGGAAAAGAUCUAAAAUAUUCAGUCGUUACGCAACAUAUUUUAUUAAACGUGCGCCAUAGCUUCAAUGUUGCUGCUCCGGAUAAAAUUGAGGAAAUUCGCCAGCGUCUAGCAAAAGGUCCGUCAUUUCAAGAUUUUGUACAAAAUUCGGAUCUACCAAAGGAAGAAUGGAAAGAAUAUGACGGUGAUUUGCGUCGACAAAAAGGAGAAAAUGGACGUUUGCGCUUGCCCCCUUGGUUGAAAACAACGAUACCAAUGGGCAAAAAUUUUGCUAAAAUAAAAAAUCAAUUGCAAGAAUUAAAAUUAGCAACAGUUUGUGAAGAAGCACGUUGUCCUAAUAUCGGUGAAUGUUGGGGUGGCGGAGAACAUGGUACACAAACAGCCACAAUUAUGUUAAUGGGUGAUACAUGCACACGUGGUUGUCGGUUUUGUUCAGUGAAAACUUCAAGAAAUCCUCAGCCACUUGAUCCUUUAGAACCUACAAACACGGCGAAAGCGAUAGCGUCUUGGGGAUUAGAUUAUAUUGUUCUAACUUCUGUCGAUCGGGAUGAUUUAUCAGACGGUGGGUCCCAACAUAUUGCUGAAACUGUAAAGGAAAUAAAAUUACGCAACCCUAACAUUUUUGUGGAAUGUUUAGUACCUGAUUUUAGAGGGGAAUUGCGCUGCGUAGAAAUUAUAGCCAACUCAGGUUUAGAUGUUUAUGCGCAUAACAUUGAAACAGUGGAAAAGUUGACACCCUAUGUACGAGACAGACGAGCGAAUUAUCGUCAAACGCUGCAUGUGUUGAAGGAGGCUAAACGAUUUAAUAAAAACCUCAUCACAAAAAGUUCCAUAAUGUUAGGGCUAGGAGAAACGGACGAAGAAAUAGAACAAACGAUGCAAGAUUUACGUGAGGCUGGCGUUGAGUGCUUAACACUUGGACAAUAUAUGCAACCCACGAGGAGGCACCUAAAAGUGAUCGAAUACGUAACACCAGAAAAGUUUAAACACUGGGAAGAACGAGGUAAUGUGUUAGGUUUUCUUUAUACAGCCAGCGGACCGCUAGUGCGCAGUUCUUAUAAAGCAGGCGAAUUUUUCAUAACUAGCAUACUGAGACAACGCGAAUGACGCGAUUGCAAAUACAUUAAAAUUGUAUAUAUAUGUAUAUGUAAGUACGUAUGUGUAUUUAUAUACUCUGAUGCGUACAGUUUUCUGUCGUAGAUUACCAUUUGUUGAGUUAAACUCUAAUAAAUUCUUAAUCUAGAGAAGUACGUACUGAAAUUUUAGUUUCUGAAAUAUGCGGAAACGUUCACAGCCAUUAUUCAAUAUUGUCAACGUUCAUCUUGCUCAAAACAAACUACAGCA